UCAGCAGCCUUUGCAGCUCUCUUCUUCCUUCACUGUACAGUGGAGAGAAUAUUCAAAAACCUGCAAUCGCCUGUCACAUUAUUUCCGUCUGUAUUCAUACAGUCGCUUACGAUUGCUGACGAGUUUUACACAAAUGCUGUUCAUCGGAGCUAGUGGACUUCUUAAUUUCCGACGACAGCUCACUGCUCUUCUGUGGAAUUCCCUUGUUGCUAAAAGGAAGGCUACGUGCCCGUAGUUGGUUUGUGGUCUUUCAUGCAUUCCACUUUAUUUACUUUUUUAACAUCCAAUCUCUCCUGGGGAAUUGACAAGUUCUCAUAGCACUCAUCAAUUCUGAAAGGAUCCAGUUUAUUGCAUUUAUUUCCUAACAGACCACUACCCGCUCGAAGUCUGAAAUACUUGCCUCAUUUCAUUUGCCACUUAACCGAAUACACAAUGCCAAGCUCUCACACACCAUCGCUAAAUAGUGUGAACGAGAACUCUUGUUACGAUAUCAAGGGUCACUAUCGGCUCGUGCUUAUGGGAGCUGCACGAGUGGGUAAAACCGCCAUCGUACAUCAAUUCCUGUACGACAUGUUCCCCACUGAAUACAUUCCAACCAUCGAAGAGUUAUACCGUGGCGAGUACGACGUCGGCAACACUGGCCUGGUCCUCGACAUCCUGGACACAAGUGGGUCCUACGAGUUUCCAGCCAUGCGCAAGCUGGCAGUAGAGACUGGAGAUGCCUUCAUCCUGGUCUAUGCCAUCAAUGACGAAGAAUCAUUCGAAGAAGUUGGCAGAUUGAAGGAGCUUUUGAUGGAGCACAAGCCAUAUAAUCCUCCCAUUGUUGUUGUGGGCAACAAGUGUGAUUUGGAGAAGCAAAGAGUCGUUCAGAAAGUCGUCGCUGAUACCAUCGUCGGUAUUGAUUGGGAAAAUCGCUUCGUUGAAGCCUCGGCCAAGGAAAACAUCAACAUUGUCCGAAUCUUCAAGGAGAUCUUACUCCAGGCCAACUUCCCGUACGACUUGAAUCCAGCUGCCCAAAAGCGUCGCACUUCAUUGCCACUCUAUGCCAUUCCCAAGAGCAACAAAAUCACCAAGAGCAAGAAGAUGAAGAGGAACAGCUGCGCUGUUUCAUAAUUCGUUUCUUUUUAAAACCAACAAGGAAAUCCCGAGAAAUAUUGUUUCCAGAUGAAAGUUUAAUGGCCGCCUAUGAUAAAGGUAGCUAUUAGUCUUGAGGAAGAAGUACAAAAGGGCAUAACAAUAGUGCAGUUACUUUAUUUAACUACAGAUAUUUUCUUUCAUUCGGAAAACUAAAUUGUCAUUGAAUCAAGUUAUUUACUUACUUUUGAUAGUAAGCUUAUUGUUGAAAAAGUUUGUAUUGUUGAAAGCUUUGAAAAAGUUAUCUCCAAUUAUAAAGAAUUACCAAAAUUUUAAAAAAUAUAAUCUAUAUUUUCGGCACACUUUAAUUUAUUUUUAAAUUAGGUUUUUUUGAAAAUUUAAAAAAAUGUAACUGAAUUUUUUUUGAAGAUGAAGACUUGUGAUGAUCAACUAAAAUUAUUAGUACUUUAACUGAGAUUUUCUUAUAAAUGACCUGCAUUGAAGAAGUCGCAAUUAUAACUUUUACAUGGCCAAAUAAACAAAAACUAUUGGAAAGUAUUAUUUUUCAACUAAAUUUCAAAGUAUAAAUGUUCAAAAAAAUUAUGUCUAAAUGGCCAUAUAACUUAAUUUGUUUCCUAGAAAAAAAAAACAUUAAAUUUAAAAUAAAUAUAAAUGAACUAUAUUAUUAUAUUUAAAAUUUAAUUUUAAUUAUUAAGUGAAAAAUGAGAAAAAAGUAACUUAAAAUUUAAAAAAAAGCCACGGAAUUGUUCGGAACUACAUGAUUCUCAAUUUGAAAAAUUUGAAAUUGAUCAUGUAUUUUGGGAUUUUCAUCGCUUUUCUUCUAAAUCAUACGCUAUCAUAUUAUAAUGUCGAAGAAGCAUUUACUUCUGUGUAAACCAUAGCAUUCCUUGUGCAAACUAUUUUUUAAAGAAUCGGUUGCAGUUAUUAGUAGCAAGUAGAUUCUAACCACAUCUAAAAAGAAGAUCAAUAUAUAUUUAGAAUAUGAAAUUCUAAAAUAUUUUGAAAAUAAUUCUGAAUUUUUUUACCUCAAAAAAGAAUAUUUGCUUAAUUUCAGUAACUCCAUCUAUAGAUAAAAGCUUAAACAAAUUCUGGUAUCAAAGUUUAAUCUAAUUAUGACUUUGAUUCUAUAUGGAUUUACAGAAGUUCAAAAAAGAAUAUUUGCUUAAUUUCAGUAACUCCAUCUAUAGAUAAAAGCUUAAACAAAUUCUGGUAUCAAAGUUUAAUCUAAUUAUGACUUUGAUUCUAUAUGGAUUUACAGAAGUUCAAAAAAGAAUAUUUGCUUAAUUUCAGUAACUCCAUCUAUAGAUAAAAGCUUAAACAAAUUCUGGUAUCAAAGUUUAAUCUAAUUAUGACUUUGAUUCUAUAUGGAUUUACAGAAGUUUAGCUAAAACUUUAUUGAAUUAUUCUAGAAUUGUCUAUAAAAUUUUUUACAUGAAACGAAAUACUUGAGAGCCUAUCAAAAUUCAGAAUUAUUUUAAAUGAAUCAUACUUUAUUUCAAAUAAUAAUUAUUAUAAUUAAAAAAAAUAUAAGAAAUUUUCAUAAAGUAUAGAAGAAAAUAAAAUGUAACACAUAGUUAAAAGUUCAGUUUUUAUUCAUUAUUAAAGUUUAUAGUUUUCUGAAAUUUCGAAUAUCUUGCGGAAAUUUGUAUAUUUGUAAAAAGUGAAAGGUCCUUGGAUCUAGUUGCAUCUCAGUGAGAUUAUGUUUAAUUAUAUAUAAUCAAGAUUUGUAAUGUAAGAUUUAAAAAAAAAAUAUUUUAACUCAUGAAAUUUUUUGAAUUAAUGCCUUUUUCUAUUCAAAAAUUUCUUAAAAUAUAAUCAACGAACCAUCAAAAUUCCAUACGCAUCAUUCACAUAUAUAUUGUAAAUUAGUAGCACGCACGUGUAUUGCAUUCAUGAUUGUUUGAUACUAUUAUUUAAAAUGUUCUUUUAUUUACAUUUUUGUAAUACUGCAGAAUAUGAAAAUGUAAGCUUUAAUUUCUCGUGACAUUUACUCUGUAUGCAUGUGUGUGUGUGUGUGUAUCAUUGUGCUAUUCAUUAUUUUAGAACUGUAUCGUUGUAAUCUGUUUUUACAACAUUUGUAACCUGUAUUUCCUUCUAACUAUCAUGCAACUCUCGUUUACUUUUCAACAACCUCAAUUCCAGUUUGAGAUAGUUUUACGAGAGUUUUUGCCUUUGACAUGAUAAUGGUAGAUGCUUAAAAUCAGAAACAAGAAAUAUUCAUGCUUUGAGAACCACCUGUGAAAUGCUAUUCACGUAUAAGAAAGAUUGAUGCAUGAGGAGAUCUGAAUAAUCUGAAAUGUCAUACUAAAUAAAAUGUUAGAAGGACUAUUUGUAGCUAUACUCAUAUUUGCACGAAAAUUAUGUUCUUGCAUUGCCACUGUUGUGUUUCCACAAAAUUUUGAAGAAUGAGAAGCAUUAAAAAACAGUUUCAUCCUGUUUUAAGUUAGCGUAUAAUAAACAUUAGAAAAAUAAAGAAUUAUCUGAAUUUUUUUUUAAUAUUUAUUUCAUUCAAAAUUAGUAAUAUAUAUUUAAAAAUAAUGUUUUUUAAUAAAUUUAUCUGAAAAAUUAAGUGUUGCGCUAGAAAUAUAAAUUCUCUAUUUAAGGCAUAUUGCUUUGUUUGAAAAAAGUAGAGACGCGUGAGUAGCAAAUGUAUCUCAAGCUACUAUUGUUAAAAAUAUCUUAAGUCAAAUACAUUCACAUUUCAGAUGAUGUAUAAAAAUUGCAUUAUAUUGAAUCAUAGCUUUUUUUCUUAAAAAAAAUAUCAAAAGGUGAAUAUAUACGGUAAUUUAUAUUAUAAGUAUUGAAGAGUUUAGGAUGAACAUAGACUUAUUUAUUUUAUUUUAAUCAUUGUGGCUAACAAUGUCAAACUUUUAAAAUUAUUUCCUAAUAUAUUAUUAACAAUAAAAGUUUAACUUAAUUUAGAAUAAAUGGAAUUAAUUUAAUUCAAUCCCAACCUAAUAUUCGGCAAAAAGUGUAAUAAAUAGUGGGAAAAAGGUUUUCUUCAAGAUUUUGUGGCAUAUUAUAGAACUCUGCAAUGAUUAUUAAUAUUUGUGAUGCACAGUUAUGUAUUAUUAUGCAUUCAAUCAUUUGCGUUAAGUGUAUAUUUGAUAAGUGAUAAAAUUAAAUAUAUAUCUUAUCUAUCAUAUCUCUCCCUAUAUAUGUGUACGUACAUCAAUCACCUGUUCAUCAAAAUAAAAUAUGAAAUAUA